AUGGCAUAUAUUGAAUUAAACAAAUAUAUUUCUCUUGCAUUUCUUCCUAAUAAUGCAUCACUUAAUCGAAAUUCAUCAAUUGUAUUUGCAUAUAUUAUUGAAAAACAGCAUUUUAUAGCCAUGAAACUUAAACUGAAUGUUUCUAAUUAUUCACUUUAUAAGGAAUACAAAGAAGAACAUAAGUACUUAAAAGAAAAUUUAGAAUAUGUAAUUUGA